GCAGUGUUGAAACUAGUGGGUAUCUUUCAACGGGAGCGACAGGUUGAACUACGAAGAAAAGCCUAAGAAACUAGCUAUUUUUCUUCAAAGGACCCCCCCAAAUUACAUGUUCGCCUCUUUUACCAUUGGAUCCAUAACACUGCGUGGGGCUGGAUUAAAUUGAAACCACUUUGUGUGUUUUUCCUUUUAAAAUUUCCUUUUGAAAACACCGAACAACGAUGGGUUCCCAAGCGUCCAAGGGAGAGGUAGUCGUGGAGGCGAAUGCUGCUGCCGCGGAUGUUGCUGCGGUCAAAACUAACGGACAGGAGAAUGGCCACGUAAAGUCCAACGGUGACAUCUCUGCCACAGACACGGCCGCCACCAACGGUUCCGCUGACGCCGCCGCCAAGGAGCCCGAGGCAGGCGCAGGAGGGGACGCCAUCGUGCCAGCGCCAGCCGCCGACAGGGAGGCCGCCAAACCGGAAGGUGAGGCCGCCGCCAAGGAUACCCCCAAAAAGAAGAAGAAGUUCUCCCUGAAGAAAUCAUUCAACUUCAAGGGCCUGAAACUGAAGAAGACCAAGAAGGAGGAGGUGAAGGAGGAGGCAGCCGCUCCCGCUGAGGAGAAACCACCGGAGAACGGAGCCGCUGUGGCCACGGAGGAGAAGAAAGAGGAGGAGGUGAAGGUGGAGGCUGCUGCUCCUGCUACAGAAGCCCCUAAGGCAGAGGAUGUGCAGGCUAAAGCAGAGGAGGUGAAGGAGGCUCCUAAGGAGGAGGUGAAGGUGGAGGUGAAGGAGGCGGCUGCUGCUCCUGCCCCAGAGCCCACCAAACCAACAGAGGAGACCAACUCGACCCCCGUGGCAGCAACCCCCUCCCAACAGAAAGCAGAGUGAUUGUAUCUUUACCCACAACAAAGGACUGUGAACUGUUUUUCAAGAGAGAGAGAAAAAAUAGAGUUAUAAAUAUAUAUAUAUAUGUAUAUAUGUAUGCAUAUAUAUGUAUACAUAUGUAUAGAUAUAUGUAUAUGUAAAUAUAUACACAUUUAUGUGAGAGACUCCUUCGUGCCACUUUUGUCAUGGUAACAAGACUAGAUUCACUAGUUUACUUCCCUGGUUACGGCCCCUGGUUACGGCGAGACAUCUGAACCCGGUAGUAUUAUGUGCUGGUUGCUAUGGGACAAUGGAUUUAUUGGACAGCAGAGAGUGGAAGACACAGUUAUGGAUGGGUGUUGAGUUGACGCGUCUUUCCCAAAACACCCAACUCAAGAAGAUGCAUCAACGCGACCGAACGAGCUAGACAGGACAGGACACCAACCAACCACCACAUGAAAUUACAAAAAAAAAUAGAAAUAAUAAGAGACUUGCCAACUUUCUACAUUCCUAUAUUUUAACCCAAAAUUUGAAGUAUUUUGUGGUGUACAAUAGAGAACCAUUUUAAAGAUUCAGAGAAGCUCCGUCUUGUUUGUUUAACGAAGAAGAAGAGAAAAAAAAUCAAUAAUUUUAGAUUUUUAUCUUGGCUAUAAAAAAUCAAUAAAAAAGAACAAUAAAGCUUGCUAUGUUCACUGUUGCAGUUUUAAAACGAAGCAGAGUUGUUGAUCUGUCUGUGGUGUAAGUCUGAAUCUGCUUUAUGGUCUCUGUAAAUACUUUGGACUGAUUCUGUUCUUUAUUUUGCUAAUGUUGACAGAUGUUUAUGGUUUUAUUGUAAAGUUGAAAAUAGUAAAUAAAUGUUGGUUACCAAUACCUGCC